GUUUGGUUUGAUAUCUCGGCUUGAUGUUUUCCUCAUUGCUUGCGAGUUCUUAUAUGGGUUUGGCAACUAUAAUAUCUGUUAUAACCAUGUUUUUUGUGCCCCAGCAUAGUCAGCAUUUCCGGUCAAGAGGUUCAAUUGAUAAAAACAAGGCACUAGUGGAGCAUUUGCAGUAUUAUGGCAUUAUCAAGUCUGGAAAAGUGGCAGAAGUAAUGGACGUUAUUGAUAGAGGAGAAUUUGCACCUUCUGGAUGUCCAGCUUAUGAUGACAGUCCUAUGCCAAUUGGUUAUAAUGCGACUAUUUCAGCUCCUCAUAUGCAUGCUACUUGUCUUCAACUCUUGGAGGAGCAUCUGCAGCCAGGCAUGCGUGCUCUAGAUGUUGGAUCAGGGACUGGAUAUUUGACUGCAUGUUUUGCAAUCAUGGUGGGAGCCCAAGGCCUGGUUGUUGGUGUGGAGCACAUUCCUCAGUUGGUUGCUCUGUCAAUUGAAAAUAUCAAUAAAAGUUCAGCAGCAGCAUUCUUGAAGGAAGGAUCCCUCUCUAUUAAACUUGCUGAUGGACAGCUCGGUUGGCCUGAUUCUGCACCAUACGAUGCAAUUCAUGUCGGCGCAGCAGCCCGUGAAAUCCCUCAGUCUCUGAUCGACCAAUUGAAGCCCGGCGGGCGAAUGGUGAUACCUGUUGGUGAUCUCUUCCAGGAUCUGAAGGUGGUGGACAAGAACUUAGAUGGUUCUGUAAGCAUUCGCAGCGAGAUGUCUGUUCGGUACGUACCUUUAACAAGCCUAGAAGCUCAGUUAAGUUGACAAUUCUCUGAUACUGGUUUAUUUUACGACGCUAAAGAUAUUAGUGUGAGCUUGAUUGAUGAGUUUCAUAAGAUUGAUUGUGUCUGAAACUUUCAUACAAUCCUCAUCUUUCAAGUUUGCAUAAGUCAUGUUACUGGAUGUUUUUAAGUAGUUAGUUUCUCAGUGGUUGCAUCAGUGCUUCUAUUUACCUGUA